AUGGCUUCGGUUUACAAGACAGUCUCCAAGAGGAAGGCCCGCCAGCCUGUGGAUGAGAUGGAGGACGACGACAUCGACAUGGAGGAUCUUCUCAAUGAGGCGGACGACACCACUGACAGCGAGGAAGAGGAAGAAGAGGAAGAAAAUGUGGAUUCGGCGAAGAAACAGCUCGCAGCAGGCCACAUGCCCAAGACUCGAGUGCUCAUAUUGACCUCCCGCGGUGCUUCGUAUCGUCACCGACACCUGAUGUCCGACAUUUGCGUCCUCCUUCCCCAUACGCACAAGGAAACCAAGCUCGACACGAAAAAGAAGACUGCGGGUUACAACCUUCUUCUCAACUCGCUCGCCGAUCUGCACUCGUGUAAUGUCAUCUUCUUCUUGGAGGCCCGCAAAAACGGCCAGGAUCUCUAUCUUUGGCUUGCGCGCCCCCCCAACGGCCCGACAAUCAAGUUCCACCUUAACAACUUGCAUACGAUGGGGGAGCUCGGUGCUGGGUUCGCCGGAAACUGCCUGAAGGGUGGUCGAGGCCUCGUGGUAUUUGAUCGGUCGUUCGACGAGCAAGGUCCAGACAUGGGUGGCCCUGGCACAGAAUACCGUGCACUGGUCCGAGAGAUGCUGCGUGGAGUUUUCUGUGUCCCCAAGCGGGGGGUCAAGGGUAUGAAACCUUUUGUCGACCGCAUCAUCGGCAUUUUCGGUGUGGACGGCAAGAUCUGGAUCCGUGUCUAUGAGAUCCGGGAGUCUGAGGCCGGAGCCAAGAAGAAGGACGGCGACGAGAAAGCUAAGCCGGCCCCGAAGGCUAAGGACGGCUUGCCCGAGGUCUCUUUGGUUGAGGUCGGUCCUCGAUUUGUCCUCACGCCCAUUGUGAUUCUGGAAGGCAGUUUUGGUGGUCCCGUCAUCUACGAGAACAAAGAAUAUGUCAGCCCGAACCAGGUCCGUCGUGAGAUUCGCCUAGGCAAGGCCAGUCGGUACUCGCAACGCAGAGAUGUGCAGACCGAUCGCGUGGCCAAGCGCUCCGGCCUGGGACUGUCGGACAACUCAGUGCAGGAGCCGGAUGUAUUGGACACACGGAAGUUGUUUGCAUAG